AUGAUAGGUCUUUGCAUAUUGCUGUAUUAUAAACAGUUGUAUUGGUUGAAUUGGAAGUAAUCAACUAUUUUGUUUUUAGGUUAUACAAUGUCAGCCUUCAUCAGACGAUACAGCAGGUAUUUGAAUGAAAAGUCGCGCGCAUAUAGACUGAUGGCAUCUGACAUUACAAAAAUCAAGAGAGGGAUAGAUGGUGUGAUAAGAACUAUGAAUACUGAAAAGCUGCUAAACACGCUUCCAGUUCUUCAAACCCAGCUGGAUGCUCUUCUUAAUUUUAAUGCAAAUCCUGAUGAACUAACGAAUGGUAUAAUACGUGCUGCUUUUAUGCUUCUCUUUAGAGAUGCUCUUCGUCUUUUCGCAGCCUAUAAUGAAGGGAUCCUUAAUCUGCUAGGUAGGAUAAAGAAUAAACAAUAG